AUGGGUAAGAAAAAGCGUGUUUCUAAUAAUUCUGGAGAUAAUUUAAAUUCAGAAGCUGAUACUUCAAGUAAUUUGAAGAAGGAAAUAUCUUCUACUGUACCUGAUUCUGAUAUUUGCAGUGAAAAUAUUCCGAUAUUUAAAAAUCCGAAAUUUGUGCUAGCAAAGACUACCCCAAAGAAAAGCCGUGUUUGGAAAUCAUUGCGACAGAUUACUGCUGUUGAAAAAGCUUUACCUCGUGUUGCAACUUAUACAAAUAUUGAUGCGCCUGCCUCUUUAAAACCUCCCAAAAAAUAUUCUGAUAUUAGUGUUGAUUCGAACUCUUCAACCAGAAGCUAUAAACUCUUAUCUUUCUCUCAGGAAAGCAGCACUUGUGGGAUAUUGAACAGGGUAAACUCUUGUGCGAAAUAUAUCCUACAGAAUGAUGCGACUGUCACAUUUAAAGAUAAAUCUCCUCAUAUCGGCCAUAUGCAAUCAUGUGUGUAUGCAGAUGCUCUUGCUAGAGUUCACAGCUUACUUGGGAAAAAAAUUGUAUUUUCAACUGGCACAGAUGAGCAUGGCUUAAAGGUACAGCAAGCAUCUGAAGCUGCUAAAAAACAUCCUUUGGAGUAUUGUACUGAAAUGUCAAGUAAGUUUAAGAAAAUAUUCACAGAAGGAGACAUUGCUUUUACUCAUUUUAUUAGAACAACUGAUGAAAAUCACAAAGAAAUAGUUCAGAGCUUUUGGAGGAAAUUAAAGGAUAAUGGUCAUAUUACAAAAGGCAGAUAUGAAGGAUGGUACAGUGUAGUAGAAGAGUCAUUUGUCCCUGCAUCUCAAGUGAAGGAAUUAAAAGAAGGUUCUAAAAUUACAGUGGUGUCAUCUGAAACUGGAUCUCCUGUGGAAAAAAUGCUGGAAGAAAAUUAUGUUUUCCCUCUGUCUAAGUUUGAAAAUGAUAUUUUACAUUGGCUAUCUCAAGAUGCUAUAAAUCCUGCUAUUUUUGUUGAGGAUUUAAAGAGGUGGAUCGGGGAAGGACUCGCUGAUUUAUCUAUUUCACGGCCCCGAUCUCGGUUGUCAUGGGGUAUUCCAGUUCCAGAGGAUGAAUCUCAAGUUAUAUAUGUGUGGUUAGAUGCCCUUGUUAAUUAUUUAACAGUUGGACAUUGUAAUGAAAAGGAUAUAAUAUGGCCUGCUGACUGUCAUGUGAUAGGAAAAGAUAUUUUGAAGUUUCAUGCUAUAUACUGGCCUGCAUUUCUAAUAGCUGCUGGUUAUGAACCCCCAAAACAGAUAUUUUGCCAUUCACAUUGGACAGUAAAUUAUGAAAAGAUGUCAAAGAGCAAGGGAAAUGUGAUUGAUCCUAUUAUGCUAAUGAAUAAAUACACUUGCGAUGGAUUUCGAUAUUUUCUUCUUAAAGCAUCUGUUCCUCAUUCUGAUACUAGUAUGUGUCUCUUUUUGUUACAUGAUAGUUUGAUAUAUUUUUAUUGAUGGCCUCUUUUCUUUAUUGCGUACAUUUUGAAUGAUUUUAAUGCAGCCAAAGAAAAAAAUUAUCAUACAAAUAUAAUUUUUUAGUCAGAGGGCUCUUAACUAAUAAUGUGCACUUUGAUUUCAGUAGCAAAAGAGCAUUUCUUAUUUGUACUGUUGUGUAGGAAAAUAUAGGUAGUGCAAAAGUUGGUAAACACAACAUUUAAUCUUUCUUCCAAGUGAAUAUUUUGACAGUUAAGCACAGCCACAAAUAAUUAACCCUACAUUUGAUUGCUACACAAUUUAGUUUUGAAACAUACUAUCAUAGAUAGAUAAAUGCAUACAUAUGCUAGAAUAAUAGCUAUUGACAGCAUCUUUCCUAUUUAACUCCAGAUCUAAUUAUUAAUUAAAAGGCAUCUUUUGAAAGAACCAUGCCUCACUGGAACUUAAUUGGUUAAUCUCCAUCAUCAACCCAACAAUAGCCAUGCAGCAAUUAAAAUUAGGCACUGCAUAUAUUUUUUUCUUUUACGUUGCUUCAUGGAAAGGCGAGUAGGGUAUUUUCUCUCAUCUCAGUCACCAAGGAGGUCUCUGACCACUUUCACACACAAAACAUCAUUGAACGACACCAUUACGGUGGUGCAGGAGGGCUCGUUUGGGGUGGAAUUAUUCUCGGUUCCAGAAGUGACCUGCAUGUUCAAGUUGGAACCGUGACAAGCCAAAUCUAUCGGGACAUCAUUCUGGAACAACAUGUACAUUUGUUUCGGGGCGGCAUGGGCGCACAAUUUUUGUUUAUGGAUGACAACGCCCGUUCUCACCG